AUGACCUAUAUUCGGCAGCAUCAAUUGCCAAACCUCAAGUCUUAUCGAUAUGCUGGAGUGGAUCACUCGUUGAUUAGUCGAUAUGUCCUCAAGCCGUUCUAUAACCGAUGCGUGAUCAACUGUUUCCCCAUGGGCAUGGCGCCUAAUGCCAUUACCCUGACAGGGUUCUUAUUUGUGGUAAUCAACUUCAUCACCAUCUUAUGGUACAACCCAACGUUAGAUCACGAUUGCCCUCCAUGGGUCUAUGCCAGUUGCGCCAUUGGGUUGUUCCUGUAUCAGACAUUCGAUGCAGUAGACGGCAUGCAAGCGCGGAGAACAAGACAAAGCAGCCCCCUUGGGGAGCUGUUUGACCACAGUGUUGAUGCAUGCAAUACGGCUCUCGGAGUAAUCAUCUUUGCUGGCGUGACGAACCUUGGUCAGACCUGGGCUACUAUACUGAGUCUCUUCGGAGCCACUAUGACCUUCUAUGUGCAGACAUGGGAUGAAUACUAUACUCAAGUUUUGACUCUGGGAAUCAUUUCUGGUCCCGUUGAAGGUGUCUUGACUCUGUGCACCGUCUUCGCUUUCACUGCCUACCAGGGCGGCGGCAGCUUCUGGCACCGCCCCAUGCUUGAGACGAUCGGUGUUCCCAAGUUGGAUGUGAUUCCCGCUCAUUUGUAUGAGAUGCCCUUCACGCAGUGGUAUCUGAUCUACGGUGCCAUCAUCCUCUUCUUUGCCACUGGGUCUAGCAUUGUGCAUGUCAUGAAGGUUCAAGCUGAACGUGGAAAGGACACGGUUAAACCUCUUUAUGGCUUGAUUCCUCUGGUUACAAUGUGGACGCUUGCCCCCGUCUACCUAUACUUGCAACCUACCAUUCUGGAACACUACACGAUUCCAUUCAUGCUGUUAGUGGGCUUGAUCAACGCCUACGCUGUGGGCAACAUGAUUGUUGCACACCUGAUCAAAGCGGACUUCCCUUUCUCCCAUAUCUUCAUCGGCAUUGCCCCUCUCGCUUUGGGUGUGCUGGAUGGUGCUGCGUCUUUACUUGGUCUUUGGCAGAGUGUUCUUGGGAGCGAAUCCGGUCAAGUCGCCUAUCUCUUUGGAGGUCUGGGUCUGGCCAUCGGUGUGUACGGAAGUUUUGUGCACGAUGUUAUCACUACAAUAUGUGAUUACAUUGACAUCUGGUGCUUAUCCAUCAAGUAUCCACAUGUCGAAGAGCGGCCAGUUGCUAACGGGCAACCCAAGAAAGUCCUAUGA